AUGAUUUCCGUUGUACUAGUCGUGCUUCUACCUCUAAUAACAGCUAUUCCUGUAUUACCGGAUCAGAAGAAAUGCACUCAGAGUUGUCUGAGCAGUUACACAAAUGAAGUUCCAAAUGCUCCUCUGAUCUAUGAUUAUCAAAAUCAAACAGAGAUUGAUCAAAGCCAGCUAUGCAAUUAUGUGAGGAAAAUGGUCUUUUGCUAUGCUCUAUGUCCAAAUGAGGUCACAGACGAGGACAAGCCAAGUGUUGCUCGCAACUUCGCUCUCUCUUACUUGUGUAAGAAACAUGAAGAUUCACUUCCGGAAAUCUUGAAUGUGAUUGGUCAAUUACCUAUCAAUGCUUACAACGAGUGUUCUGAAACUUGCCAGAAGAUUCAGGAUUCUUGCGAAAAACAAACUUGUUAUAAGAACUGCUUGAAAGAGAAUUAUUCUGUUUGCGAGAAGGAAACUCCAUGCAUGAAUCUGAUAACAGCUGAAGUAUUUAUUCAUAACUUCCCCUUCGAGAGCAAUAGCAAGAAUUCUGAUGAGUUGAAACAACAAACUGACUCACACAUGGAACAUAUUCCAGAACCAAGCAAAUGUCUUACAAAUCUGAUUUCUGAUACUGCAAAUAUUGAAGGACAACAAAGCAACGACGAGAUUGAAGCUUCCGGUAUUGUGGAGUCCAUUGAGCCAAAUAUGGAGGAAGGAAGUGAUGGUUCAGUUGCUACUGGAGAACCUGAUGUGAGUGAACUUCUUCAAAGAAUCAAAUCCAUCACACUCCAUCUACGUCCUCUACAAAAACUUGUUUUGAACAUUGACAAUCAGCCUGUUGAUUAUGAGAAUCAAAAAGAAUUUGAUGAACAAAUAGUCGACCAACUAGGCAGAGAUCUUGAAGAUGCCUCUAACAAGAAGAAUGAUGAAGUUACUAAGAUGGAAACUAUUGACGGAAGUACCGAAAGCGUAUCAUCUGAUGAACCAGAAAUGACCUCAAACGUUGGAGAAACCAGCACUAUGUCCCUUCCUACUGAGGCUGUUGGAAUUGUUGCCGAUGAAUCUUCUACUGUUGUUCCUUCUCUUCAAGUUGAUGCCACCGAAACUUCUGUGAUUUCUGAGACUUCUGGAUUCUUAUCUACAGAAACCGCCAUCUCAACUGAUGCGGCUGUCGAUAAUGUUGAGACAACUGAGAAGCUUGAGAUUUCUGAAGAAACGACCACUGGAGCUACCAUUGAGACAUCUCCCGAAACUUCUCUCGAAUCGGGAUCGGGAAUGGAACCUGAGCUCGGAUCUACCCCUAGUGAAAUUGAUGAAAUCGAAGUUGAGUCUAUUGAAGAAGCUAACAGAAUCAACAGCAUCCAAGCUGAUUCCGCUAUUGCCAACUCCGAGACGUCAUUAGAGGGUCAAAAAGAAGUUGUACCUACCGAAAUCACAGCUGAACGAACUGAAGAAUCGGAAACGACUGAAACCCCAGAAGACGUAGAGGAAACGACAGAACUCACAAUGACUUCCGAGGGACAAGAGAGCUCAAUGCCCACCAUAAUCGUCGAUGAUAAGAGCGGCAUGUUGGAUAGUAAUCGUGUUGAAUCAGGAGAAACCACAACGAACGGAGCUUUUGGACUUUUCGGCUCAUUAGCCAGUGUAUUCAUAACGUUGAUGUUGCUCCAAUAA